CAUUUCCGAUAGAGAACGGAAGUAUUCCAUUACUUGCUUCUUGAGGUACGGGAGAAGAUAAAGCGGAGGUGUUGGAGACGAGAGGUUAGUGAGUGACAUCUAUUACUAUCUGAAGGAUUCUCCCAGAGGCGGCUGGAGACAUGGAUGCACGCCCACCCUUUCCUGGUUUUCGAGGGCGUCCAGACAAAUCUUUUCAUUCCAUGCGGAUGAUGCACAACUUCCACCCGUCACAUAGAGGCCAGGGCAGUGGAAGUCCUUUUCCUUUCCAUGAUCCUGUCCUUGACCACUCUGGCCGUAGGGGUGGUCCUUGGGACUAUCGAUCCCCAGAAAGGCAUGCAGAGGAAGAAGAGAUGGCCUAUAGACACAGAGAGAUGUUAAACUCAGAUUAUGGGGCCAACAGAGAGAGAAGAGCAUCACAUUUGGAUGAGAGACCGCCAUGGCAUACAAAUUUAAACUAUGAUGAGGGGGAGUCAUCCCACUUGUACAGACCAAGGCUUCCUCAUUCAGUUGAUGAUUAUAGAGUGAGACAGGAUUUAUUAUACAGAGAGGAGUUGGCAGUAGAACACAGAGAAAGAAUGGCUGCUGAGAUGGAGCACAGAGAGAGAAUGGAAAUGGAGUUAGAAUUAGACUACAGAGAGAGAGAGGCUGCAGCUUUAGACUACAAAGAGAAGUUGGCUGUCAUGUUGGAGCAGAGAGAAAGAGAAGCAAUAUCUAUGGAGCUCAGAGAGCGGGAGGCGGCGGAGCUGGCCAUGAGAGAGCGGGAGGCGGCGGAGCUGGCCAUGAGAGAGCGGGAGGCGGCGGAGCUGGCCAUGAGAGAGCGGGAGGCGGCGGAGCUGGCCAUGAGAGAGCGGGAGGCGGGGGAGCUGGCCUUGAGAGAGCGGGAAAUAGCAUUUCGAGCUCGUGAGGCAAUGAUCCUAGAGAUUAGUGAGCAUGUGGCUGCAGUAAGAGUUAUGAAAGAGAGAGAAGCCGUAAUAAAAGAGCUACAAGAGAGAGAAUCCAUCUUACAAAGAGAGAGAGAAAUAGCAGAGUUAGAACAUAGAGAAAGAGGCUCUGCAGCACUCAGAGAUAGGGAGGAUUGGUUAUACAGUAGCACAUUACCUCCUUCACUGGACAAUAGUGGUUUACCUUUGCACUAUAGAAAACCUACAGAUUUGGACUUCAGGAAAAUUGAGGCAAAUGCUUUUAAUCACAGAGACCAUGAGACUCUUCAAAACAACUCGGAGAAUGUGCAAUUAGAGCUAAAUUACAGAGACAGAGUUAUUGGUGACAUGAAGAUGACGGGAGCACCAUAUAUGGACUACAGCAAGGUGGGAAAUAUACAUUUAGCAGCUUCAGGAGUUCAGUACAUGGAACCUUCAAAUGCUGGAGAAACUUACUUAAAACCUGAACAUCAAGGAGCAGAAAAUCUAAAGCUAGAUUUCAAGGAGCUGAAAACUGCAAUAGGAGAUUACAGAAAAAGAAAGUCUCUUGAAUUGAUGUCUACUGCAAAUAAGAAAGGGGCAAAAUCUAUGAAACUACUGGAUCAAGAGGUUAUAAAUGUGGAAAAUGCUGAGGGUGAGACUGCUAGGAUGGGCAACAAAAAUAUGACUUUAUUAGACCACCAAGGUAUAAAGAGCGCAGAUUCUGAUUACCGGAUGGGAAAGGGUGCUUACUCUGAUUACCAGCCAGGUAAGAGUGCAGACUCAGAUUAUCGAUCUGUGAAAAAUGCAGACUCUAUUCAAAAAAGUGGGGAUUCUGAUUACAGGGCAAAAGAGAGAGGUGAUUUAUGUAACACAAAUAAUGAAAAAAAUCUUAAAACGGAUUCUUCAGUGUCAGGUGACCUCAAUGCACAGCUCCCUGCUAUUGCUUUAAAAAUGAUAACCUCUCUUCUUGCAAACUACAAAAAAGGAGACACACAGACACAGAAGAAAGAGAACACUUUUCUGUCUUUAAAUGAAACUGGUACUUCAUCUGGUACUGAAAAAUCUCUCCCUCAAUCUGUAGUUAAUCCGAACAUCGGAGUUCCACAUUCAACAAAAAUUAAGGUUGAAUCUUCACACCAAGACCCAAAGGAUGGAUCAUUGUACAUAGGUGCCAAUUCAUCUAUAGGCCCUGGCUCUAUGGACAUGGACUUUCGUGGCAGAACAAAUAGACAACAUGAGAGCAAAGAGGUUUUUACUAAGGAUAAUAAAGGAUACUUGCCUGGGACAACACAGAAAGAGCAUUGCCCUGCUCCUGUUUUAGGUUCUGGAGACCAGGACAUGCGUAACAAAAAAACUUUGGCUCCGGCUUCAAGUGGCACAUUUGACCAAGACUUUAGAGUACAAAGCUAUGUACAGAAAAAAGAUGAAGAUCUCAGAAGUGGAAAUAAAGAUCUCCCAGGAUCAGGCACAUUCUUUAACGUUUUAGACCAUGAAGCAAAGCAGCAGACAAAAAAGCAAGCAGCCGAUAAAAUUAAGGCUGAAGUACCUAACCAGUUUUCCAAACAAGUCAAAGCUGAAGAUAAUUCCACUUUGAGGUCUCAGCCUACCCAUGUUGAGGUAGCCCAGCCAGAGGGAGAAAAAACACGGACAGGUAGCGGCUCUACCAACCUGGAAUUCUUAGGCAGGCAGGAUGCAGACUACAGAAAGAAAGAAUACAAAGAUGUUGAUCUGAGAAUUGGACAUGGACAAGAUAAGCGGUCAGCAGACCAGAAAUUCCACGAGGAAGGUGUACCAGGGAGUAAGGAUAAAGAUUAUAGACGGGCGUCCCUCCCUGCAGGGGCCACCAGGAUAUUAUGGAUGGAUGGACUCCCAGCUGGAGGAUCUAGAGAAGAAAUCAUAAGUACACUGAGUGCUGCAAAGAAGCUACCUGAAAAUGAUGUGAACCUGAUUGGAUACGUUCCAGGUUACAGCGCCGGCUCUGUCUGCGUGGAGUUUAACCUCGUGGAGGAUGCCGUCAGAUUCAUGGAUGCCAACAAGGGAUCAGUCAUCUUCAAAGGCAAGAAGGUUGCCCUGAAAUAUGUCCCCAGUUCGAACUGGUGGAACUGCCAGCAGUGCAAGGUUUUUAAUGUGCUGUCUCAAGAAAGAUGCUGGCAGUGCAGUGCUCUGAGGGCAGGAUCUGACCUUCUUGUGGGUAGAAAUAUUCAAAAGGAAUCAAGAAGCCCCCAUGGCAAGAAAAACAAAGACAAUCGUAGCACUGCCUCAACAUCCUCCAGGACAGAGAGCUCUUCUGAAAGUAGGAGGAGCCCACAAGACAAGGGUCAGACAAAUAAAGGGCAGCAACCUGGUGUCAAAGUCACAACUGUUAUCGUUAGAGGCAUACCAUAUACAACCUGUGCUGAAAGUGUGAUUAAAGUCCUGGGUCGUUAUGUGCAACUGACCCCAAGCCAAAUUCGCGUGCCCAAAAACCGAAAGAAUAAACCUAACAAAUCAGGGAUCACUUUCUGCUUUUUAGAGCUCAAAAGCCGCAAGGAGGCCAAGCGUCUUACAGCACUAGUGCAUAAGCUAAACUCACCACUCACUAUUGAUGGGAACCCAAUCACAUUGAAUCAAUCAGUUGCACCUAAAAGGACAGUUCCAAUGAAAACGGCGGAUCAAAGCACAAUCCAAGAACCCGAUAUAAACACCCCAAGUGUACAGCAGAAAGAUACGUUUGUGUCUGAAAGAGUUGAUUCUCACAGUGAUGAGAGAGACAGGAGGGGGAGCAAAAUCUCGAAGAGAGAGUACAGGAAAAGGCAUCACAGCCCAUCCCCACCUAGGAAGAGGAAAUCAGAUGAUCCGUAUUCAUCGAGGAAAAGCAGUGAGAAAGAUGAGAGUGCUGCUUCUUCAAGGAGAGGCUUCACUGAGGACAAGUGGAGGAAAGGAGAUGAUCAGUAUUCAUCGAGGAAAAGCAGUGAUAAAGAUGGAAGUGCUGCUUCUUCAAGGAGAGGCUUCACUGAGGAUAAGAGAAAAGCAGAUGAACAGUAUUCAUCGAGGAAAAGUAGUGGUAAAGAAGAUGAGAGUUCUGCUUCUUCGAGGAGAGGCUUCAGAGAGGACAAGGUAACACAAAAUGAUGAUCCAUUUAAAAAGCCAUUACCACCCCCUAUAAAGGCGAACACACCACCUCCAGAGGUAAACCCUCUGAUAAAGCUGCUUGGAGAGUAUGGAGAUGACAGUGAAGAGGAGGAGGAGGAAGAACAAAUAAUACUUCCAACAUUGAAGAAAAAAACACAACCAAACCCACCAGCUGUGCCACCACCUGUGGUGGCUAUUCCUAAACCGUCCUUUAUAGCACCAAACAUCAGCUUACAAGAAAAACUGACAGAUUGGAAAAAGAUGGCAUGCCUCCUGUGCCGGAGACAGUUCCCAACUGCGGAUUCCUUGAUGAAACACAGGCAAAUGUCAGAUCUUCACAAGAAAAACCUGGCAGCCAGACAGAAGAUCAAACUUACAGAAAAAGAGCAAAAGGAACAAGAGGAAAAUCAGUCCAUACAGAGAAGGUUGCAUCAGGCCAAAAAACUACUGGAAGAACUGGAGAGGGAGGAGAAGGGCAGCCAGCAGGUGCCAGAGACCAGUCCAUCCAGUAACAGUACAUAUGACGGGACAAAAUUAACAUCUGGCAUUGAUUACUUCAGGUAAUAAAGAAAACUGAAAUCACAACAUUUUUAUUAAACAUAAGCUUUGUUAGCCAAACAUUUUUCCUUCUUAAUAUGAGAGUCCACAGCUUCAUUCCUUAGUUGUGGGAAAUACAGAACCUGGACACCAGGAGGAGGCAGACAACCCAGCCAAAGGCUUAAAUACCUCCCCCACUUCCCUCAUCCCCCAGUCAUUCUUUGCCUUUCGUCACAGGAGGUUGGCAGAGAAGUGUCAGAAGAUACAGAGAGUUCAUUAUGGAGAGU